UGACCUUUCGGACAACCAGCUUUCGGGCAACAUUCCUACAACAUUUGGAGCACUCAUCCAAAUGGAAUUCCUGGACCUCUCAAACAACCAGCUUGAAGACGUCCCUUCCAUUUUGGGUGCACUCAGCGCGAUGACUUACUUGGGGCUUCGUUCCAACAAACUCUCAGGCGCCAUCCCUCCCUCCAUUGCCUUGCUGAAGUAUAUCAAUGCACU